UCCCUUUUGGUUUGCACUGCCUGCCUGGGAAGCUCAUUGUUCCCUCAGAGUGAAAGGCCAGAUUGCUAGAGAAAUGCAGGGAUCUGCAACAAAAACGAUGACAGUCUGAAAUUCUCCCCGGUGCCAACCUCCGAAUUCUCGCCUGUCACUUCAGAUCCUGACUUUCUGCAGAAUUUCAACUCCCGUAGACUUCAGUGUGUUUCUGGGCAAAGACGCAGAGCUAAAGAGGGAAGGGAAGUAAGGAUUUUUCUCUUGAGUAUUUGUCAAACUUCUAUUUCCCAGCUGUGUGCAAAGAAGGGAUUCAACUUCUAUUUUCUACUGGAGGGUCCAGUCACCUCCCUGAAGGUGAAGAAGGCAUGAAGACUGUGCUUUUUUUCCUAUACAUCUUGGGAGCUGCAGCUGCAAUCCCGACAAGUGUAAGAUUCUUAUCUGAUCAUUCCAAACCAACUGCCGAUUCCCUGAGUUCCAUUCAACAGGAUGAAAUAUCAGUGACACCUGACAAUACUGCAAUCCCUAUGUUAGAAGUAGAAAAUGGAAAAGAAACUGCACUAGCCACAGAAGCCCAUUCCAACCAUAAGGAUGAAAAAUCUUCAGUACUAAAGGCAAAAGAGGAAAACCAUGAACAGUCAGCAGAUCACGACCAGAGUUAUGGCCAAGAGCUGGGAUUAAAGGAUCAAGAGGACAGCGAUGGUGACUUAGGUGUGAAUUUGAAACAUACACCAACUGAAGGUAUCUUGGAUCUAGAAGAAGAUAUGAGUGAGCCUCAAAACAAAAAACUCCCAGGGAACACUGACUUCCUUGCUCCUGAUAUUAAUUCCACUAUGGAUUCUAACCAACAAGAAAGUAUCACAAAGACAGAGAAAAACCAAGAACAACAGGUAAAUGACUCACAUCACCAGUUGGACAGGAGCAGUGAAUAUAAUCAAGACCCAAGUGAUCAAGGAAACCAAGAGAAGGAUGCAAAUAUUCCCAGUGGGGAAAAGAAGGGGGGAAAAGAGCCAGCUGAAGUUGGUACCCACAAUGACAACCAAAAAAAGGAGAAAGAGUUUCCCAAAGAGCUUUCUGACAGCAAGCAGGAGGAAGAUAGUACCCAACCUGGUGAUAUUCAGGAAGAUUCCAAUCAACCAACUCAAGAAAGCGAGAUGCACAAGGAAGAAUUUGAGCAGGAUAAUGAAGAACAAGAAGAGGAUAACUCCGAAGCAGACAUGGAAGAGGAAAAUACAUCAAAAAUCAAUAAGCACAUUCAAGAUACUGAAUGGCAAAGUCAAGAGGGAAAACCUGGCCUUGAAGUUCUCAGCAACAACAAGGAGAUGGAUAAAAAGACUGUUUCUGAAGCUUUGUUUGUGGAGCCCAUUGGUGAUGAUAACAACAAGCCUAGAAAUCAUGGGGCUGAGGAUGGUGAUGACAACCCCAGGCACAGUGCAAGUGAUGACUACUUUGUCCCAAGCCAGGCCUUCCAGGAGAGUGAAAGAGCACAAUCCAAUUUCUAUCAUAUUAAAUAUGAGGAGGAAAGAGAAAGAACACAUGAGAAAGAGAGUGUGCAUACCAGUGUACCUGGAGAAAACCAAGGGGCUAAGAAAGCAGAGAGCUCACCAAAUGAAGAUGAAAGUUUGCGUGAAGGCUACAUGAGGGUGCAGGUUGUUGAUUCUUGCAGGAGCUUCCAGUGUAAAAGAGGACAUGUCUGUGAGGCUGACCAAAAGGGAAAACCCCACUGUGUUUGCCAAGAUCCAGUGACUUGUCCUCCUACAAAACUCCUUGACCAAGUUUGUGGCACUGACAAUCAGACCUAUGCUAGCUCCUGUCAUCUGUUUGCUACUAAAUGCAGACUGGAAGGGACCAAAAAGGGGCACCAACUGCAGCUGGAUUAUUUUGGUGCCUGCAAAUCGAUUCCUGCUUGUACAGACUUCGAAGUGAAUCAGUUUCCUCUACGGAUGAGAGACUGGCUCAAGAAUAUCCUCAUGCAGCUUUAUGAACACAACCCUGAGCAUACUGGAUAUCUAAAUGAGAAGCAGAGAAAUAAAGUCAAAAAAAUUUACCUGGAUGAAAAGAGGCUCUUGGCUGGGGACCAUCCCAUUGAACUUCUCUUAAGGGAUUUCAAGAAAAACUACCACAUGUAUGUGUAUCCUGUACACUGGCAGUUUAGUGAACUUGAUCAACAUCCUCUGGAUAGAGUCUUGACACAUUCAGAGCUCGCUCCAUUGCGAGCCUCUCUGGUGCCCAUGGAACACUGCAUAACCCGCUUCUUUGAGGAGUGUGACCCCAACAAGGACAAGCAUAUCACUCUGAAGGAGUGGGGCCACUGCUUUGGAAUUAAAGAAGAAGAUAUAGAUGAAAAUCUCCUGUUCUGAACUAAGACUUGAAAGUAUUUGAACUUUCCAGCAUACUCCUCUAUUCUGACCACUUCUGAAGUAGCUACAACUGUGAUGCUUUUAGAUUUAUAUUUAGCAAAUUGUUUGCAUGCCUGAGAAGACAAUGAGAGUAACUGCUUGAGACUGGUAUAUGCACCAGUCAUUUAACAUUAACUUUGGAAACAAAACUUUAAAAUUAAGUAAAGUCAAUCAAUGUAUGUAAAAUAAUGUAUACUGUUUGCUUGUGAACAGUUUAACUCAUAGUAAUUACACUCUCUGCAUCAAUUUAUGGGAUAAUUACUAACUAUAAUACUCAAAAAAUUAAUGCAUUCCUAUGGUUCAUAAAAUCAUGCAUAAUUCAAGAAAAUGGAAUAUAAUGUUCUUUUGUGGUUAAUGUGUAUUAUUUUCAAUGUCUUAAUAUCCUAAUAAAAAGUCCAUUAAAAUCAAAA